GGAGGUUCGGGCAAUACUCGAGGUUACUCCUGGAAUUAAGAGUGGGCGUUAUGAAUCUUGAUGUACUUUUUUUCCCGCUGCGACGAGGUCUGCUGCUGCGAGAGGGGAUCCCAGCCCGGUUCCUCGUCGCCAUUGGCACGGUGGGUGGGCACCGGGCAGCGCGCCAUGAUUGGCUGCCUGUGCCCAACCCUGUUCCCGCUAGUAAUGCUGGUACGGGUCUGUAACACUAGUAACCAUGCUCGGUAAAGGGGGUUACCGGGCGUCACAGCACCGCGGACGGCUUGGGAUGGGGGAGGCCUCUCUUCCUGCGCUCAGCCGUUGCCUUGCGUCUGGCGAACGAUGAGGAACUGGCAGUCUGGGCAGAUGACAGUAUGAGCAGAACGAUGGCCAGUUUUCAGUCCCCUCCACAUUCUCUCCGAUCUGCCCUUGAACGACAACGAAAAGUGUUGGGCAGUCUGGAGGGUAUCCAUAUCCUCAAGCCGCGGAGGGGAGGGAAGAAGGGGAUUCAUCGGCUUCUCCUGACGUAGUUGUGCAUUUAUUCAGUCCAGACACACGGCAGGGGCAAGUUAUUCGACCCUUGGCUCCGGAACACUUCGUUCUCUACGGAAUUCUCGUGCUCAUAUCAUCAAGCAACCGGCCCGUCCACCCAACGCACAAUGGCAUCGUGAGCCGCUCCAUCCGGGCAUUACUCGGUGUUCGAUCCUCUCAAAAGUGGUGGUGGUGGUUGAGCGCUUUCUCAAACUCGGCGUGGGUGGACACCAGAUGGUGUGGAAGUUUAGACUUGUUUCGACUUGCUGAUCUGAAUUCCAUCUCAAAUUUGUGAGCAGGGGCCAACCAAAAAAGCAACCAGUCAGGAUCAACGGAGCCAAGACAAGUGACUUGCAGGAGACCGGGUCUGGCGAGUGGCUAGUAUGGACCCUCUCCCUCGGACUCGCGGCGCGGAAUCACCACCUUGCCGGGCUGCUGGGGCAUCCUUGCUGAAGGAUACCGACAAGGACGGACCCAAGACAUAUACAUCAAGUCGCAAGUUCCUAAUGACUCGCCUAUUCCUUUUUUCACACGCACUCUUACAUGUUUCGGCAGCCGUCAGAUCUGGUUGAACUGAAAAACCGUGGGUGUGUGUCCAGGUAGGAAACUUGGAGUGGAAUGCUCCGUACAUAUGCAAGUUGGGCGGCCCAAGCACCCCCAAGACCUCACCAAAGUUCCAACCAGUCGCCCGCGAGGAAAGAUGGCCUGCCCCCUUGAUCCCUGUCCCGACAUCAACUUUUGGUUUUUGAGAAAUACUCAUACCGCGUCCUUUUCUUCUUUGGACUUGAAACAAAGUGGCCUUUCUCCACCAGGACCCAUGAGCAAGAGCCAGAUCGUCAAGGUUAUUUCAACCACACGAAAGGCUUUUCGCCCUGAACGGGAGGACCUCCUUUCCACAAAUUUGGCUCCUAAUAACUCCUACACGGUCAAGAAUGAAACCCUUGAAAGGAUCAGGCCGUGCACAAUGUGGAAACACGCGAAAUGAAUAUCUCAACUUCAUCUUCCCAGUGUGAGCUUUCCCUAUGCGGCGAAAAGACAUUUCCGGGCUUUUGAAUCCAGGCCGUUGGAACAAAAUUCAGAAUCUCACGUCUUGGCUCCAAGCCCUCCGGUCUCGGGUGCUCGGGGUGGCACUUAAGCCCGAGGCCACGCUUAAUGGGCGCCUGUCUCCGAACGGGGCGCCUCAGGAUUGAUCUGCUGAGCCUGUCGCUCAUGAAAGCUAACUCGCUGCUGUUGGCGAAACUAGUUGUGUAGAAUAGCAGAUAUAUAUACGGAGUAAAGAGCCAACGGCCCUUCACUACCUUUUGCCUUCAAGGCCUUUUUAUUUAUUGAGAUAUUUAUUUCCAG